AUGAAGAGCAUCAUUCUCUUGACCCUAGUGCUUGGGGCUCUCGGCUUCCCCGCCGACAGCCACGUUGUCCACGAGAAGCGUGAAGUGCCUCGCCAGCACUAUGUGCGCGGCGAGCCUGCCGAUGCUGCCACGCGGCUGCCUGUCCAGGUGGCCCUGAAGCAAAGCAACCUGGAACAGGGCGCCCAGCGCCUCUACGACAUCUCCGACCCCAAGUCGCCCAACUACGGCAAGCACAUGACGGCACAGGAAGCCAUCGACUUCUACGCCGCCGACACCCAGACCAUCAACACCGUGACCAGCUGGCUGGAAAAGGCCGGCAUCCCGGCCAAAGACAUCUCCCUGGACAAGACGCGCACCUUGAUCAACAUCAACUCGACCGUGCAGAAGAUGGAAAAGGUGCUGCAAACCAGAUACCACGUCUACCAGAGCCGCAUCACUGGCAGAGACCACAUUGGUGUCGACGAGUACAGCCUGCCAAAGGAAAUCGCCGCCUUUGUGGACUUUGUGUAUCCCGCGGUGAGCCUAGGCCAGAUGCAGCGCCGCGACGGCCCUGCGCCGGUCAGCGGCGCCUCGGACAAGUACGGCGUCAAGGAGCCCCUCCGUGCCCUCGCCCCGGGCGUCCUCGAGAGACUCAGCUCCAACAGUCAGUCUCCUCCCGCAAAUAGUUCCAAAUGCCAUCCACGCUCACCAAGCACACAACCAGAAUCGGUCGGCUGCGACGAGCUCAUCACCCCGGAGUGCAUCCGGGCCAUGUACAAGAUCCCGCUCGAGAACAAGCCCGAGUACGUCAACUCCCUCGGCAUCUGGGAGACGGACGACAUGUUUGACCAGGAGGACAUGGACCUCUUCAUCGAACAGUACGCGCCCAACGUGCCGCGCGGCACCAAGCCGCAGCUGGACCUCAUCAACGGCGCGACGGCGCCGGUCCGCCAGGCCGACGGCGGCGAGGAGUCGCUCCUCGACUUGCAAAUGGCCUACCCCAUCAUCCAGCCGCAGAACAUCAUCCUGUUCCAGAACAGGCCGCUGCGCAGGGCCUUGAGCCAGAUCUUCGCCGACUGGGCGAGCGCGGUGGACCGCAAGUUUUGCAAAGAGGACCCAAACUACGACCGCAGGCUCAUGUGCGGCAAGUACCAGCCGUCCAACGUCAUGUCGGUGUCGUACGGCGAUGCCGAGCAGGACGAGCCCAUUGCUGUUGUCCAGCGCGUGUGCAACGAGUUUAUGAAGCUGGGCACCGUCGGCGUCACGGUCGUCGUGUCGAGCGGCGACACUGGUGUUGCCAGCCGCCGGAAUAAGUGUGCUGGUCCUCACCAUGACAUUUUCACGCCGUCUUUCCUGGCCAUCUGUCCCUUUGUCACUGCUGUCGGCUCCACCGUCCUUCCCAAGGGCAGAAAGGUUGGCGACGCCGAGGUUGUCACCGAUUCCUUUUCUCCCGGCGGCGGCUUCUCCAACGUCUUUCCCCGUCCCGCCUACCAGAACGCCGUCGUUUCCAACUACCUUCUCCGCCACAACCCCAACUACUUUUCCUACGAAACCACCAACGGCACCAUCCCGACGGAUACCCGCGGCAUCUACAACCGCGCGGGCCGGGCCUACCCGGACGUCGCGGCGCUCGGCGACAACGGCCUCGUGGUGGUGGGCGGCAAGCCGACUACCGGCAGCGGCACGUCCAUGUCGGCGCCGAUUGUGGCGGCCAUUUUCAACCGCAUCAACGACGUGCGCAUGAGCGCGGGCAAAGGGCCAAUCGGCUUCGCCAACCCGGCCCUGUACGCGGCCGUGGACAGGGACGGCUUCUUCAACGACGUCACAGAGGGCAACCAGGCCCUGGGUGGCAUUUACAGCGAUCGCGGCUUCAGCGCGUGUGGCAACAACGGCUUUAGCGCUGUCGAGGGCUGGGACCCCGUCUCGGGCCUGGGCACGCCUAAUUAUGAGGAGUGGGUGAAGUACUUUCUUGAGCUGUAG